AUGUUUUUUGCACCCCCCAACUAUUUUAUAGCAUCGUUGACAAGGGACUAUUAUGAUGUUCUUGGUGUGAGUGAGGAUGCAAGCCUUUAUAUAAAGAAAACUUACUAUGAGCUUGCAAAGAAGAUCCAUCCAGACACAAAUAAAGAUGAUCCUGAGGCCGAAAAGAAGUUUCAAGAAGUUACAUUGGCAUAUGAGGUUUUGAAGGAUGGGGAAAAACAUCAACAGUAUGAUCAGGUUGGACAUGAUGCCUAUGUAAACCAAAAAUGCACUUGUUUCAGAGACGAGCCUGACUUUAAUCCUUUCGGAUAUCAUAUUUUCGAUAUGAGGGCUGACGGGGAGGAUGUCAAGGGUGGCGGGGAGGAUGUCAAGACUGUCAUUGAACUAUCUUUUAUGGAAGCUAUCCAAGGGUGCACCAAAACUCUGUCAUUUCAGGCAGAUGUGCUUUGUAAUGCUUGUGGUGGGAGUGGUGUUCCUCCCGGUACAAAACCUGAAACUUGUAAGCGAUGUAAAGGGUCAGGAAAGGUAAUUAUACAAACUGUGAUAGGCGGAGUGAAGAUUCCUUGUAUUAACUGCAAGGGAACCGGAGUAAUUGCAACGGAUUUCUGUAGGCCUUGCAAGGGUAGGAAAGUUGUCAAAGGAACAAAGUCAGUCAAGUUGGAUAUUAUACCUGGCAAAGACAACAAUGAGACCCUAAAGGUGGAUGGAAGCGGUGGAGCAGAUCCUGAUGGAGAUCAUCCUGGUGAUCUAUAUGUUACUGUCAAGUUUUCUUUUAAAUAUUUAUUUCAGGCGAUUUUAGGGGCAAUCAUCGAGGUCCCAUCUUUUACUACCGGAAGUGUAAUGAUCAAGGUCCACCCAGGCACCCAACCUGGUCAGAAGGUGGUUAUGAAAGGGAAAGGUAUAAGGAAAGGAAAAAAUACCUUCAAAUAUGGAGACCAAUAUAUUCAUUUUAAUGUCAGCAUUCCAACAAAACUGGCAGAGAGACAGCGUGAAUUGAUCCAAGAUUUUGUGAAGGAAGGGCAAGAGGAAUCAGAUAAAUGGAAAGCUGCUUCAGCUCCUAGUUAAAAACAUUUGCAGAGCCUCCACUUUUAAUUAUUUAUUUAGUGAAACCAAUUCAUGCUCAAAUAGAUGAGAAUCCACUUGCUGAUGAAGUUUUUGCAGGUUUCUGGAAUCAAAUAUUAUAUGAGUUUUUUUAUCACACGUGUUGUUCACAGUUCAAAUUAUAAAAGUUAGAACUUAGAAAUCAAUAUUGUGCAUAUG